CGUACAAUACGAGGGAAUUCCUUGCAAAACAUCACAGUAUCGUAUCGGCUCUUGCGAUUAACUGAUCGACGAUGAAGCGUGUCUGUUUAGCUGUGCUGCUGGGCGUUGUGAAGUUGAUUGCUGCAAUGCUGUAUCCCGUCAGUUCUGGGAUAGAUGAGGAACCAGAAACAGCCUUCAUGCCCAAUGAACGUAUCACACUCGAUGAUUGUCACCUACGGUACUACAACUUUGGAGGACGAGGUUUAGUCGGGCCCGCGUUUGCCACGCCAGCCUUCCUAACCGAGUUCGCACACAUUGGAGCCAUCGGAUGGACCCAGCAGGACGGUACGAUCGUGUGGGCCUGCGGAGGAUCAUUGAUAUGGAACAACUUCGUUCUGACGGCCGCUCACUGCACCGCCAACGAUGAAAACGUUCCACCCGAUGUAGUGCGAUUUGGUGAUCUGAACAUCUACAGCGCGGAAGAUGAUACGUACGCACAGCAGCUAUCGAUCGUGAACAUAUUUCGACAUCCGAAGCACAUCUUCAGUGGGAAAUACUACGACAUAGCGCUGAUGCAGCUGGAACGUAACGUCACAGUACAUGAGACAGUGGCUCCAGCGUGUCUGUGGCUGGAUCAGGAAGUGCGAUUCAAGGAGCUCGAAUCAGCCGGCUGGGGACAAACGGGAUUUGCUGAAAACCAGACGCCGAUUCUACUGAAAAUAAAGCUGAAACCGUUGAGUAAUGAAAACUGUGCCGAGCAUUACACACCAACCACCGUGCGAGGGCUGCGAAAUGGGCUUGAUCAGCAUCACAUCUGUGCGGGCGACGAAAAGAUGGACACAUGUCUGGGUGAUUCCGGAGGUCCGUUGCAUAUACGACUGCAGCACAACAAUAGAGUCACACCCUUCCUGGUGGGAUUGACCUCGUUCGGACUACCUUGUGGACAAUCGCACCCAGGUGUGUACACCCGCGUGGCAUCAUUUCGUACCUGGAUUGUGGAAACACUGGCAAAGAACGGUGCACCGGAGGUGACGGACAACCAUUUUCAUCCCGCAGACUGUGCAUUGCGACACGUUGCCAUACGACAGUUGGACAUAUCGAAUGUGGUUGCAAACAAGUCCGGCGUGUACGAAACGUUCAAUACACAGCGUUCGUUCAUGACAACGGAAAUCUCAGAGCAGAUGGUUCGGAUAAGAUGGCCUGCUUCAGCGAUGCCGCAGAAAGAUAACUGUAUGGGCUCGAUCAUCGAUCACGAUACAGUCGUUACGUUGGGUGAUUGUGCGUCGCAUGCUGGAGUACCACCAACACACGUGCUGCACCGCAAGAGGAUCAGUUACAAUCAGAUCGACGAAAAACAGUACACUGUGGUGGAGAUGCACGUGCACCCGAAUUAUAGGAAAGGUUCCUACUAUGACAAUAUUGCCGUGCUGAAAGUCAACGGAUCGUUUGAAAUUUUACCUGCUUGUAUUUGGAAUGCUGCCCAAUUGCCUGCUCGAGAAAUCGAAAUAACAACCGUGGGUCGUAUUGAUUUGAACGUUUAUCAGUAUAAGGAUAGAACAAUAUACAAUUCCAGCAGCAUGCAGCUAACGCCACGAGUAUUUGCCUAUGAUAAUAACAGCUGCUUACUGGCGAACCAAUACCUGGAGAAGCUGGACCGAGGCCUUCUGCAUCAGCAUCUGUGCUUCGGUAACGACCCCUUUCUGGUACCGGAGGUGUGUGAGCUCACCAACGGAGGUCCUCUUCAGCGUACGAUUACACGGAUGGGCCGCUUUUUCAAGCACGUGUACGGAAUCAGCCUGUUUGGGCGUGACUGUGGAUUCGGAGAGCCCGGUGUGGCUGUACGCUUGCACGCGCAUAUGCAUUGGCUCGAGUCGGUUCUGCUGCCUAAAAGAUUGGUCAACGAAACAUCACACGAUGCCGUGCUGUUCAUCAACACCGAUCUCGAGCUGUUCGAUCGAUGCGAUUUUUCCGACGGUUCUGUUGGGCUGUGUGUUCCCGUGGAGCGUUGUAGAGGGAUACGGCACCGUGUCGAUCGCAAAGAAGGGCUAAUAUUCUGCACCAACGGGACGAUUGUCUGCUGCCUGCCGAAAGAUGUUCUGGACGACGAGCAGCUCCUGCACGACGAGGAUCAGCAGGUUGAGGAUUGCGAGAAUCGAUACGAAUCUUUCCGCCGGAGGAACUUUCUUGCCAACCCGGCGUUGGGUGAAACAAAACCGCAUAUAGUGCAGGUUAUUUGGGAGGAUGCAGUGAACGGUGAGAUGUACAUCUUAUGUCUGGGAUAUCUCAUUACAACAGGCACCGCAAUCACCAGCGCUGCCUGUACUCAGGUUGAAAACCACAAGCCCAACUUUCUAAGAUUGGGAAUACUCAAUGGUCAGUAUGAAGAUGCCGCCAUUGCUGGGCCGAUAAAACGCGUCAUAACGCAUCCACGCUAUAAUCCCGCCACGGGAGCUAACAAUAUCGCCCUGGUGAAGCUGUUCGAGCCCAUCGUACCUACGGCAGCUAUCUUUCCUGGAUGCUUAUGGCGCAACGAGACUCACACCCCGUUGGUUUCGACCAUACACACCAUUAUUGAAUCACAGCUCAGACAGGAAAGCGUACAUCCCAUGUACGCUGCACACUGUGAGCGGGCCCUAAACAUCAAACUAAAUGAUGGAGAAUAUUGCACAGUGUCUACCGAUUCUAUGGCAGCCACCUGUCCCACGACAGGUGAUCCGAUUGUGUGGCGCGGUAAAGGAACUCGUGAGGCACCGGUCGACUAUUUGGUAGGAUUAUACAGCAACACAAGCUGUGGAACUGAUGAUCCUCUCAUCAAUACUCGCAUUUCGGAGUACGUGCCAUGGAUAGUAGAUAUCUUGCGAAGCUUCAAUCGGAUCAGCUGCAGUUCAGUGAUAAUGGCGUGUGUUCUGGCGCUGCUUGCAAUGUGCAUUGCGGCGGUAUUACCGUACAGUGAAUCCAAGCUGUUUCCAACCAACGCACGAUUGCCGGAAGAUCAAAUGGAUAUGAUGUUGCCGUUCGAUAAAAUAUCAUUAGAUGACUGUCACACACGCAACUGGAAGGACGGUUUCGAAGGGUUAGUUGCACCGGCCUACGGUAAUCCAGCGUUGUUGCGCGAAUUCGCCCAUAUCGCCGCGAUCGGUUGGACGGGCACCGAUGGCAAAAUCAUCUGGGGCUGCGGUGGAUCACUGAUAUGGGAGAACUUCAUACUGACGGCGGCACACUGUGCAGCGAACGAUGAAGACGUUGCACCGGAUGUGGCACGAAUGGGUGACCUCAACAUCUACAGCGAUGAGGACGAUGAGUUCCCGCAGCAGUUACGUAUCGUGAAGAUCAUACGCCACCAGCAGCACAGGUUUAGCGCCAAGUACUACGAUGUAGCGCUGAUGAAGCUGGAAAAGAAUAUCAUUGUGAAUGAAACGGUGGCACCGACCUGCCUGUGGCUAGAAGACGAGGUGCGCUUCCCCAAGCUCUAUGCGGCCGGUUGGGGCAAAACAGGUUUUGCCGAGGACAAAACUAACAUUCUGCUAAAGGUCGACCUGACGCCCAUGAACAAUACGGAGUGUUCGCGGUUCUACACCUCGUCCGAACGUGGACUGCGCAAUGGGCUACACGCACACCAUCUCUGUGCGGGCGAUGAGAAGAUGGAUACAUGUCCGGGAGACUCUGGAGGUCCACUGCAUGUGAAAUUGCUUCAUAACGCGAAAAUGACACCGUUUCUGGUAGGUGUCACCUCGUUCGGUAAACCAUGCGGACAGGCGAAUCCUGGCGUUUAUGCGCGUGUGUCCAGCUUCGUCGGUUGGAUAAUUGAGACGCUUAAGCAGGAAGGAGAGCCGGCAACGGUGUAUCAGUUUGAACCAUGGUCCUGUGCCCUCCGCUACGUACAUGUGCGUGAGUACGAAGAUGAUGUGGUUGUAUCGAGGUCAAACAAUUACGAAACCUACAACUCGGACAAUGCUCAUCUGGUGGGUGGAGAUAGCCCACAGCGGGUGGACAUUGAAUGGGCAAACACGGUAGUACCCCGUCGAGAGAACUGCUCCGGUACUCUUAUCGAGCGGAAUGCUGUUGCAACGCUGGCAGAAUGUGCAUCUCACAUGGGCGAAAGACCAAUACGAGUAAAGCUGAGUAAUGGCAAUGUGGUCGAUGUUACUGAAACCAUCGUCCAUCCGAAGUACAGCCCGGCAGCGGGACGGUACUAUAAUAAUAUCGCCAUUUUGAAGCUUCCGUACCAAGUCUCAGUCAUGCCAGCGUGCGUCUGGUAUAACGACACCAUUCCCGCUCCAAUGUUUGAAGUCAUCGGAAAAGGUCGCGCAGAUCUUACUCCGUACAACCGGGAUGAACCUGUUACCGGGCUCGAUCCCCGAAUCGUUGGCAUCUCACCUCGGGCAACUUUGCACGCCAGCAACGAAUGCCGGCUAUCCGAACAGUAUCGCGCACUACUCGGAAGCGGUCUCCAAAGAGAACACAUUUGCUUCCAGAAUAAACCGUUUCUGGUGCCAGCAACAUGUGAACAGCAGUUUGGUGGGCCUAUCGAGCGCGAAAUAUGGCGCUUUUCGCGAUACUUCAACUACGCGUACGGGAUGAACCUGUUCGGGCGUGACUGUGGCUUCGGGGAGCCGGCCGUCGCGGUACGGUUCAACGCUCACAAGCGGUGGAUCGAAUCCGUACUGCUGCCGGAAGUUGGCGACGGAAAUAAGGGCAGCGUUACUAGCUCUAGAGAUUCGGUGAUCUUCAUCAAUCCGGAUCUGGUGUUGAACGAUCGAUGCAGUUAUGGAGGAGGUGUUGAGGGCAGCUGCGUUUCGUAUGAUAAAUGUUCCAGCUUAAAGCAGCGAAUGGCCGACGGUAAGCCAGUUACUCUAUGUUCGAACGGUUCGGUAGUGUGCUGCCCCCGGCAAGAUAUAAGAGGUCCUCCGAGCCCGAUCGAACGAGAGCUCAACGAGUGUGAAGAACGGUAUGCGCAUCUGCGAAAGCAACGUCAGCAGCAUUGGGAUGGAUUUCAACCACUGAGCAAAAGGUUUCCACACGUGGCUGAGAUAGGAUGGGACGAGGAAUCGAACAUACAGUUUCAGUGCAUCGGAUAUCUCAUCACCACACGGGCUGUUGUAUCGUCCGCUUCCUGCGUGGCGUCUAAAGAAUUCUUUCCGGAUGUCGUGCGCUUAGGUGCGUUCCAAGCAGGACAAUUCACCAACGAUCUAGCCGUGAUACCCAUCGCAAUGACGGUGGUUCAUCCCGAGUUCAAUGUCACCACGUACGCAAACAACGUUGCAGUGUUGAAGCUUGUUUCACCGGUCCAGCCUACGGUUACCAUCUUUCCGGGUUGUUUGUGGCAGAACAGGACCCACAAUCCGGUGGAAGCUUGGAUUGUGGGCGGUGGUGGUUUACAACCGAUACAUCCGAUGUACUUGAGGGAUUGCAAUGCACGCUAUGCUAGACCAUUUAACGACCAUCGGCAAACAUGCAUGAUUCCGGGUGUGCGAGGAUCGGGAGAGUACUGCUAUGCUCCCGGCACACCGAUCAUUUACAGGAAAAAUGAAGAGCUCAAUCUUUUCACCGAGUAUCUGGUGAACAUAUACAGCCAUGGCCGAUGCAAUUCUACAUCUCCGCGCAUAGUACAUCGUAUAGCCAUGUACAUCGAUUGGUUUAAGGAGGUGCUGGGUUAGAAAUGGAUCAACGGUCACAUUGUGCAGCAUUUACGAUUUUUUUUUUUAGAUGUAUUGUUGAGCCAGUAGCUGGAUUGCAGAUUGGAGGUUUAGAGAUUGAAUAGGUUUAGAGACUUAAGCAACAAUAAACGGCUUAAUACAAUGAGAAAC